GAGCCCGGGGGUUCAGAACAAGCUCGGCAGCUGGGUGGGUCCGGGCGUUCGGCGCGCCCUUCAUUGAAGCGGCGGUGGCCGGGCUGGGCGCCGGGAGUGGGAAGCGACGGCGCGGCUGGAAAAUGCCGGUGCAUUCCCGAGGGGAUAAGAAGGAGACGAAUCAUCAUGAUGAGAUGGAGGUGGACUACGCUGAAAAUGAAGGGAGCAGCUCCGAGGACGAGGACACGGAGAGCUCUUCGGUUUCCGAGGAUGGCGAUAGCUCAGAAAUGGAUGAUGAAGAUUGUGAAAGAAGAAGAAUGGAAUGUUUAGAUGAAAUGUCCAAUCUUGAAAAACAGUUUACCGAUCUCAAAGAUCAGCUUUAUAAAGAACGGUUAAGUCAGGUGGAUGCAAAACUACAAGAAGUCAUAGCUGGAAAGGCACCAGAAUAUUUGGAACCACUGGCAACUUUACAAGAAAACAUGCAAAUCCGUACAAAGGUAGCAGGAAUCUAUAGAGAGCUCUGCUUAGAAUCUGUAAAGAACAAAUAUGAAUGUGAAAUUCAAGCUUCUCGCCAACAUUGUGAGAGUGAAAAGCUUUUGUUAUAUGAUACAGUCCAGAGUGAACUUGAGGAGAAGAUAAGAAGGCUUGAAGAGGAUAGACACAGCAUUGAUAUUACCUCAGAGUUAUGGAACGAUGAACUUCAGUCAAGAAAAAAGAGGAAGGAUCCUUUCAGUCCUGACAAAAAGAAGCCAGUUGUUGUAUCAGGUCCAUAUAUAGUUUAUAUGCUACAAGAUCUUGAUAUUCUUGAAGACUGGACAACAAUUAGGAAGGCAAUGGCUACAUUGGGUCCACACAGAGUGAAAACAGAACCACCAGUGAAACUGGAAAAACAUCUCCACAGUGCUAGGUCUGAAGAAGGAAGACUAUACUAUGAUGGUGACUGGUAUAUACGUGGACAAACAAUAAGUAUUGAUAAAAAAGAUGAGUGUCCUACAAGUGCCAUAAUUACAACAAUUAACCAUGAUGAAGUUUGGUUUAAGAGGCCCGAUGGAAGCAAAUCUAAGCUUUACAUUUCACAGCUACAGAAAGGAAAAUAUUCCAUUAAACAUUCAUAAUCAUGAUUUAAGUGUUAACCUAAAUCUACCUUUUUAGUGUUAUCAGGUGUGAUAUGCCACAGGAGUAAAAAAUGUAUUGAAUAAUUGAAUAUUCUCAUCGAGUUAUGAGAAGGUGUGUAUUUGUAGGUAGUACCGUAAGUAGACCUCAUAUUGAUAUGCUAUUAAGUGAAACAGUAGUAAACAUUUAAUCAUGAUCAUCACAUUCAUUUGUCUCUUAGGCCCAAUGACCAAUGUGGUUGAGGUUUCUUAUCAAACUUUAUUCUUUUUCUUUUUUUAAAUUAUGCAAUUUUAUCUUAUCCUUAGUGAACUCUGUUACUAAAUGACUACAGUUAAUCAACAAUUUAAAAAAUUUCCAUAUCUUUGUCACUCAUUGUGUGUUUGUAAAUAAGCCUGAUGAAAUGUUUCCUAUAAAUGGUUUAUACUAGUAUAUUAGUGUUAAAUCAGGAUUGAAAUUUAACCCUACACAUAUAUGUUUGAGUAUGUAUAUAUGACAUCAUCAGCUUACUUAAAACUGAUGACCUUACUUUACAAUCUUUUUUUACCCAAAAUUAAGCUAUUGGGUUUGAAAGCUGAAAGGAGCACUUUUGUAGACUAGCAAAUUUUCUUCCUGUCCUUUUUGAUUGUAUGGUGGUGACCUAUUUUUACAAAUGAUAAUGUUAAUUAGUAAAAUUAGUGUCAAGUAAUGAUAUGCUUCUCCCUGUAUUUUUGUGAACCUUUAGAAGGCAGAUAUUUAUGCCUGGUAUUUAUGACACAGUAUGUAAAUGGUGGACAGUAACUGACAGUGUUGUGUGCUUGCUGUACGCAUCUGAUCUUUUGGGACAGAUUUUUAGUAAGCUUUUUCCAGAGGUAAAGUUAUGUCCUUAUUUUAUUCCGAGGGGGUUAUAGUCAAGGAUAACUUCCUUGAAUCUAUUUUCAAAUUAAUUUUAUCUUCAGUGUUUUUAUACUUUAAGGCCAUUUGGUGCAAUUUAGAAAGUGUUGGCCUCUUUUCCCUUAGCCACAUUCAAAAUUAACUUCCAAAGCCUCAGGAACCGUCAGAGUCUUAACCCUUAAAUCAAUAUAGCAGCACAAUCUGAUGGCUGUAAUAUAUAUUUAGGGAAUAGCCAAACCGAGUAUUCCUGGUGGUUUUGUGCACUUUAAUUUUUGUUAUAGUGACACUUAAGAGAAUGUGGAAGAAACCUAGCUACUAACACUUAGGGCAGGAAUAUCUGCAUUAUUCCGUUUUAAAAUUUAUUUUUAUUAUUAACUCUUUUACUUCUACAAACAUUUUCCUUGGAGAUCACUACUUCACAGUUGCCAAAUUUAAAAAUAUUUGACUUCUGAAAUUCAUUAUCAGCAAAGUAAAGUUACUUUGUUCUGUUUCUAAUUAGCUUUAGCAAAUGUAUAUAAUGUCAUAGUCAUAAUCUAAUAGUGUUUGAUAGUUCUUAUGUAUACAAUGUUUGAUAAGCAUUUUUAAUAAGAUUUGUAUUUUUAAAUUUAGUAUAUAAUAAAAAGAUGUGUUUGAGUGU